GAGGGUUGGAGUUAAAGUUUGCCGUAACCCUGGUUACUGUAAACCGUGGCUGGAUGUUAAAUCAUCUCGAGCUUUGCACAUACAAUCGUAGUUAAUUUAGUUAAUUAACUCAUUAGCUUGGUGCACGGAUUAACGCAGCACGCACUGCAUCUAUGACUUAAGACUUCCUCUCUAUUGCUAUAAGAUUGAUCGCGCUUGUGAACUGGAGGAAUAAUGGCUGAAGUCCAGGUACACCCGCACCGCGUUUUCGGUGUGCGCGCAGCAGUGAGAAAUAAUUUGCACUUUCUUGAUGAGCAAACGGUUGUUUUUCCGUGCGGGAACAACUGCGCGCGCUACAACCUUCACCAGAGGUGCUACAGGUUCAUUGCAGAAGCAGUGAUGCUUGAAGAUAUCAGCAAUUAUCAGAAAAAAGGUACGGAGAGGACCCAGGGCAUGCAGGCGCUUGCCAUCAGCCCCAACUGGCGCUAUCUGGCCGUGUCAGAGCGUGGCGAGAGAGGCACCAUCACUGUCUACGAUCUGCAGCACGAACAGAGCCGUAAGAGGAAGGUGUUGACGGGCGGCGACGUCAGCGUGCCGGAAUUUGUCUGUAUGGCAUUCUCUCCCGACUCUAAGUACCUGCUGGGACAGGGUGGAGGACCUGAGUGGACCCUCAUCUACUGGCUGUGGGAGAAGAAUAAGGUCAUUGCUACGGUGAAGAGCACAAAUUCUGGCCCUGUUUAUCAGGUCAGCUUUAACCCUCAGGACAAUACGCAGGUCUGUGUGAGCGGGAGUGGCAUGUUCAAACUUUUCCGGUACGUCGAUGGCGCACUGAAACAGACCAACUCUGCAAAGUUGGAGACACAGAAAAUCCUGUCUCACUCAUGGAUGUCUGAGGAGCGCAUCAUCGCUGGAACAGAGACAGGACGACUGCUGGUGUUUGAGUCGGGAGACCUGCGUUGGGAGAUGAGCGUGGCCAACAAGAUAGCUGAACAGGAGAAUAAGGGUGUGUAUUUCCGAAAGUGCGUAAGAUGUUUAGAAGGCAAAGUGGUAGGAAUGAAGACAGGGAGAAGCUCUGAACCACUGAAGGUCGAGGACGCUGAAACACAACCUUACUUAGAUCUCAGACAAAUGGAGGAUGAGACUCCAUCAGCUCCAGUCUUGAUGCCACGAGUGACCGCCAUCAAGGCUUAUUCUAAAGGCUUCGCAUGUUCAGCAGGUCCAGGAACUGUGUGCCUGUUUGAGAAAACCGAGGAGAAGGGCGGCUACAGACAAAUCAGGGAAAUAAGGAUACCUCCAGACCCAUGCAGCAACGAGCCAAGUCAGGCAGAGCAGCAGGAGAUCACCACGAUGUGUAUCAGCCCAUCAGAGGAGACUCUGGCCACCAGCACUGACCGAGGCCAAAUUUACCUGAUCGCACUCGCCUCGGCUGAGAUCAGCAAGGGCAUGCAAGCGCACUUUGAGUUUCUGUCCCACUCUUUUCACUCGGGGGUCAUCACCGGUCUGUCCGUCUGCAUCCGCAAACCGCUCAUCGCCACUUGCUCCGUGGACCACUCCAUACGCAUCUGGAAUUACGAGACUGGUGUUUUGGAGCUGUAUAAGGAGUUCCAGGAGGAGUCAUACAGCGUGGCCUUGCACCCGUCCGGCCUCUUCAUCCUGGCGGGCUUCUCCGACAAGCUCCGCCUCAUGAACCUGCUCAUCGAUGACAUUCGCACCUUCAAGGAGUUCACCGUGCGCAGUUGCCGAGAGUGUGUGUUCAGCCACGGGGGUCACAUGUUCGCCGCUGUCAACGGUAACGUGAUUCAUCUCUACUCCUCCACGACCUUCGACAACAUCCUGAAUCUGAAAGGUCACAGCGGCAAGGUGCGUUCGGUGGUGUGGAGCACUGAUGACAGUCGUCUGGUGUCGUGUGGGAUGGACGGAGCGGUGUACGAGUGGAACGCCCUGAGCGGCCAGCGUGAGUCCGAGAGCGUGUUGAAGUUGUGCAGUUACACCGGCGUGGCGCUCUCACCCGACACCCGGAGCAUCCUCGCUGUGGGCAACGACUGCACGCUGAAGGAGAUACAGGACUGCCAGGUCCUGAGGGAAGUGGCCUCCGAGGAUGUUAUCUACACAGCCGUUGUCAUGACUCGCUCAGGCCGAGCACUCUUCACCGGGACCUCCAGUGGCACCAUAAGGGCCAUCAAGUACCCUUUACUCAUGCAAAAAGACUGGAAAGAGUACCAGGCCCAUUCUGGUCCCAUCACCAAAAUGGCGAUCACGUUCGAUGAUCAGUACCUGCUGACCGCUUCAGAAGACAGCUGUCUCUUUAUCUGGAAAAUCAUUGAGCAGGAAGGACGCGGGCUGAAGAGGGACAAAGAAAUAAGCUACGCGGAGGAGAUCCUCAUCACCAAGCCUGAUCUAGAGGAAAAGAACCAAAUCAUGCUGGAACUUAAGACGCGGGUGGAAGAGCUGCAAACGGAGAACGAAUACCAGCUGCGUCUAAAGGACAUGAACUACAACGAGAAGAUCAAGGACCUCACAGAGAAGUUCAUCCAGCAGAUAGAGUCGCUUACAACCCAAAACCUGGAGCUUAAAUCCGAGAAAGAGAAGCAGGAGGUCACACACCAGGAGGCGCUAAAGGACAUCAUAGAGAAACACGCUAAAGAGCAGCACGAUCUGGAAUCCACCAACAACCAAAAGCUGAUGCUGGAGUACGAGAAGCACGAGGAGCUGCAGCUGAAGUUGCAGAGGAUGCAGGAGAGCUAUGAGGAGAAACUUCAUGAUCUGGAGGACGAACGUCUGCGUGCCCUGGAGGACAUGACGCAGUUCUACGAGGCCAAGCUGCAGGAGAAGGUGCUCGAGCUGGGCCAGUGUCAGGACGAAUCUCAGCAGCAGUUGCGAGAGUUUGAGGAAAUGAAGAAGCAGACAGAGGAAGACGGCGAUCUCGAGCUCCACGACAUCCGCGUCAGAUACGAACGCAAGCUCUGGGAGGAAAAGGAGACCAACUUGAAGCUCAACGGAGAGACGAGAGUCAUGAAGAAGAAGUUCACCAGCCUGCAGAGGGAGAUCGACAGCCGCGACCUGGAGAUUGAGAAGCUGAAGGUGGAGCAGCAGAAGCUGCAUGGCAUCAUCAAGGCUCUGGAGAAGGACAUCAUGGGACUGAAGAGGGAGAUCCAGGAGAGAGACGAGACCAUUCAGGACAAGGAAAACCGCAUCUACGAUCUUAAGAAGAAGAAUGAUGAGCUGGAGAAGUUCAAAUUUGUGCUGGAAUACAAGGUCAAAGAGCUGAAGAAGCAACUCGAGCCACGAGAGAAUGAAGUGAAGGAGAUGAAGGAGCAGGUCCAUGAGAUGGAGGCUGAGCUGGAGCAGUUCCGUAAGAAGUGCACUCAGCUGGAUCUUACCAUCUCUGAGCUGAAGCUGAAACUCAAAGCCACGACCAGGGAGAGGCAGAAAGAGAGGCAGAGGGUCCAAGAUGUACAAGCUGUACUGCACAGGUUUAAGACCGAUCUUCACAACUGUGUGGGCUUCAUCCAGGAGCCUAAGAAGCUCAAGGAGAGCAUUCGAGAGAUCUAUGACCGCUACAUCCAGCAGUCAGAUGUGGUGGAGAUAGUGGGAGUGGACGCUGAUGUCCAGCGAGAGUACAGCAGGCAGAGGGAGCACAUGGAGAGGAACAUGGACUCGCUCAAAAAGAGACUAGCAAAGGACAUCAAAGUGCACGAAGCGAAGAACAUCAAGCUCAUGAAGGAGAACGUCUUCCUUAUUAAAGAGGUUAACGAUUUGAGGACAGAGCUGAGGCUGAUGCGAGCGCAGAUCCAUGAGUACGAAACCCAGAGAGGCUUCAGUAAGAACAAGAGUGCCACGCGCAUCAAGUCGCCGUCCUCGGAUUCAUCACGGCUGAACUUUGAGGGCGAGGCCGAACGCAUCAUCCAGCUGCAGCGCCUCGAGAUCCAGCGGCUGAGGCAGGACGUACUGCAGGGUCAAGGUGAAGGUCAGGAUCAAAGCUUUGUCUUGCCGAGCCUGCCGAGCAGCAUCAAACUACCUGCCCUUACCACAUAAACACUCAUUAUACCGCGUACACACUCUUCACACCAUUUACACCCUCAUUCCACCACAUAAACCCUCUUCACACCACAUACCCACUCAUUACACCACGUAGACGCUCAUUACACCUCAUAAACACUCUUUAUACCAUGUACACACUCUUGACACCACAUACACACUCUUCACACCACAUAAACAAUCUUCACACCACAUACACACUCUUCACACCACAUACACAAUCUUCACACCACAUACACACUCUUCACACCACAUACACACUCAUUACACCUCAUAAACACUCUUCACACCACAUACACACUCAUUACACCUCAUAAACACUCUUCACACCACAUACACACUCUUCACACCACAUACACAAUCUUCACACCACAUACACACUCUUCACACCACAUACACAAUCAUUACACCUCAUAAACACUCUUUAUACCAUGUACACACUCUUCACACCACAUACACACUCUUCACACCAUGUACACACUCAUUCCACCACAUUUAAAUAAAAUGA